UCAGACAAGAGGGAAGUUUAGUUCGAUUUCAGCACAAUGAAGAGAUAUCUGCACAUUUUUACACAAAAAUAUGAUCAAACAGCGCCACAGAUCCGUAAAAGUCUGAAGUAUGAUGUCGGUAGCUGUUGUUUACUUGUGAUUCCCUUGUAAAUCCUCUUCUUGAAGCACUAUGUCUGACCCAGUGAGCCAGCAGACCCCUGACCCGUCUCAGAGGGAGGUGGAGGUCCAGGAGCUCCAGCGGUGGUUGGAAACAGUGAAGACUUGGGACCAGACUGACAGCGCACAGACUCGUAAAGACAUCUGUCUACACUUAAGACCACUGAGGGAUUUCCUGCACAAACUUCAAACUUACAUUAACAGCAUGACUUCCACCACAGAGGCUCUGAGGAGGUUACCGCUGUUGGGUCAGUUCUUAGGCAGGCUUUGCUGGAUCCCACACGUCACUGCAGAUGCCACAAGUCGAUCGCUGCUGUUCCAGUGUCUGUGGGGGAUGUACUCAGAGGAACCAGAAAAUGCUGUGGAGGCUAAAGCUAACCAGUGGAUACGGAAAACCUUAUGUCAGCUCACCACAGAUGAAGAGGAUACCGCACAGACUUUAAUGAAGCUUUUGGGAGUGCCACCAGCUGAGUACCAUCUGAAAGUGCUGAGAAAAAUGCUGGCGAGGCUGCAGGAACAAGCCGGGACAGUCUGCACUGUUUCUUGUGAUGGGAAUCAAAGCUGCCUGUGUGACACUGUCCAGGCCACAUCUGAAGCUUGUAUUCCUCUUGUCACUUGUCCUGAAGCUGCCUCUCUGAUCGGAGCUCUACUGCAGAGACCAUUCACCAGUGUCAAAGCCCCUUUAAGUGAAGACUUCAUUCAGGCUACAGGUUCUGCAUACUCCUGCCGGCUCUUGUCACUGGAGGCUCCAGCGGUGGUCUCCCUCUGGUGGCACAGUGUGUCCAGUCUGGAGGACGCCGUGCUGAGGCUGAUGGAGCAGGUUCUGACCGACAACAAAACUACAUCUCACAAAUUACAGCAGCUGAUUUCUGAGUCCUUACUGCCCAAAGCCUGUGCUCAACAUUGUUCCAUAUUCUUGGUUGUGAAUGACAUUUUCAGCUGUGCUCUUAAACAAAUGGAAGAAAAUGAAUCUUUAAGACUUCUCAUCACAACAUUUACAACACACUUCCUCAAAGAAUUGGCAACACAGAAACAACAGAAGAGCGUCCCUUUGAAGGCGUACUUCCCAAAAGCUCCUGCGGGGGUGCUGCUGCCUCUGCUGACCCAGCCCUCAGAGAUGCCUGAAGAAGCUUGGAGGGACCAUCUGACCUGGCUUAGUGGCUCAUUACGAAGGCUGUCAGAAGAGGAGGAGGAGGAGGAGGACAGAGAUGGGACUAACAGAGGGCUCCCCCUGCUGUUUGAAGCCUGGUUCCUGCUGGUCAGCAGCUCUCACUGGGUGGACGUGGCUCUGCAGCUCCUGGUCUCCUCUCAGGACUCAGACUGUGAACAUCUACUGUGGCUGCUCACCUUCUACCACCACCCCACCAACAGGGGGCACCACAGGGACCAACAGCUGGUUGUUGUGAAAGAAGCGUGGGGACAUAUUUGUGGUCUCUUCACGGCUAUGGGUGCCCCUCCUCUGGGCGGUGGGUCCAGUUUAUUGGCAGAUCUUCUGUCACCGGAGCCUCAGCAGCCUUCACCAGCUCCUGUAUUGAUCCUCCAGCUCCUGCUCAGCUCUGCCAUGUUCUCUCCUCUGCCUCUGAGUGGAUCAACACAGAUUUUACUUGCGGUGGUGGAGCGGUCUGGCGUCACACUCGAAGCUGCGUGUGUUCUCGGCUCUCUGGAGAUCAGACUCAGCGGAGGAGGCCGCACUCACACUCUGCUGCCCAGGAUCAAGGCUCUGCAACAGGCACUGGCACCUAACACCUAGACACAUGCAACCUCCAUAAACCCCGUGUACUUUUGCACCAGAUGCCCUCACUGCUAUUACCAUCUACGUGCUGUUAAUGUAUGUGUGGUGAUUAUAGGAGGCGGUGUGGGUGGAUGUGCCAAGCGUAAAGGUCCUAUAUUAUGCAAAAUUGACUCUUGUGAGCUUUAAGACGUGUGAUAAUGUUGUUGCCUCAUCAAAAGUACAUCUAGAGUUGUGUUUCAGUUCAUUUACGCAUGUUUGAGUAACCUGGAAGCUGUAGUUUUCAAGUUAACAGCUACAUUUUACCUUUUGUUUAGUAGAGAUUGUCAGAAAUUAUCCAAAUGAUUCUAGUGAAGAUGUAUGGAGUUUAAAAACACAGUGGAGCAGGAUUUGUGCGUUAAACAUGUGUGAAUAAAACAAAACACAACUCCAGGUAUGUUUUUCGAUGAUGAAACAAUAUUAUAACACAUAAGAAGCGUAAUCUAGACCAUUUAAAGACUCAACAACAUUGUGCUUGGAAAUUUAAAUGAAGAUGCUGUGGUUGAUGGGUGAAAGCUUAAAGGGACAGUCUGGAAUUUUGGACACAGGACCUCAUUUCCUAGUGAGCCAGAGUGCUGGAGACGUGUGGAG